ACGCAGAACAUUACACGUCACAAACGGAAAUAAAACAUAAUGUUGUGGUUUUGGCGCUGGAAGAGAAAGGAAAAUAGUAGCUGGUUAGCUAGCUGGCUGGAAUGUUUAGUCAUUGUAUUUUGUGAGAUGGAUUAACAAGAGGGCUCUCGAGAACAAGGACCAAUUGAAUCGUAAUCACGAAGUAAGGUGUGAUCUAUGUGAAGUGCACCAGUCCCUCCUGCAGCAAAGCACCCCCACAACAUGAUUGUCAAGCAAAGAGGCACUGAGUUUGAAGCUUUGACAGUGUAUGGACCAUACACAAGCUAGUAGCUCCAUCUUCGUAGACAUGGACAGAACACUGGAGAACUUGGAGCCCAGAAGUCCACUUCAGGACUUGGAGGAACUAGACACCACGGGACCCCUGAAUCAGGCAUGCCUACUGGAUGAGCAAGACCUGCUCUUUGGUGAUCUCAGUGAAUUUGGCACCCUCAACGAGCCCCCUGUCGUCAUCCUUGAGACGCCCAGCCCUCAGUACCUCAGACGGAGGCAGCGGUACAAUAGGUUUGAAAACUUUGGAUCGGUUUCUCUCAGCCCACCUCCCAGUCAGGAGGACAAAUCGCUCAUCAUGACCCCCACCUCUCAUCAGAUGUCAAAACGCAAAAAGCUGUCCAUGCCAGCCACCAGCAUGAGAGGUGAAGCCAAACCGGGCACCUCGUGGGCAACCAGUGGUUUUGUUGCUGCUUCAUCUCUCAUGACAACAGACUCUUCUCUGGUGACCUGGCUGGAACCUCCUCUCCCUUCCUCUAUGCCAUGUUCUUAUUCAUCAUCACCACCCUCAUCCUCCCUUGGUGCGCCCCCUGCCUCGCAGGAAGUGACAGCCGGGGAAGGAUUUUGCAGAAACACAUCGUCUCAGGCUCCUGUGGCAGAAUCCACAGUGGAACCUGGGCUCCCUAGUUACAACAGAGGCAGGAAGAGGACCUGUAAAAGAGCAGCCUCUACCAAGUCCGCCUCCACAUUUGCCCGAGCCCCAACAAACCUCACCACAGACUCCGUGUCAUUCCUGCCAGGCACAGAGAAAGAGAGUCAUGUUGCUGGCUGGGAGGUUCCUUUCUCGACAGCCGAAGCAAUGUCGCCCAAAUAUGACGAGGUGGUCAUCGGUGACAACGAUGAUGAUGUCAUUGUAGAGGCUGUGGUUCGCGCAGUGCAAUUGAAGGAAGAUGAGGCAUUUGCGCGCAGUCUUCAGGAACAGUUUGACAGAGAGGAGCAACUGCAGCAGGAACAAAGGAGACAGCAGGAAGCCAUGGCGCCCAACAGACCCCACCACAACUACCCGUAUGAUCCUCAUUUAGGGAUGAACUGGAUGUCGCCCUGGCCCUCAGCAGUGAACUACGCAGCGUUUUCGCCUCUCGUCGCGGGAUUAGAGGAAGAGUUGAUGGGAAGGCGCAGAGGAAGAGGCCGAUCUCGCACUCCUCGUCGCAGAAACCCCCGUCAUGUGGUCUCUUCCCUCUUUGAUGACAGUCAGGGAGACAACUAUGAGGCUCUACUGGCCUUUGAGGAGGGCCAGGGUGCUGUUGUGGCCAAGAAAACCCUGAGUGAAAGAGAGAUUGAAAGGCUGCCUACGAAAACCUACGACCCAGCACAUAGUGCAGGAAAGACACAGUGUCAGAUCUGUUUCUCGGACUAUACAGAGGGGGAACUGCUGAGGAUGCUCCCAUGUCUCCAUAACUACCAUAUGCAAUGCAUCGACCGCUGGUUAAAGGAAAACUCCACAUGCCCUAUCUGCCGAAUUGACAUAUCCGAGUGCAGUGGUGACUGAGCCCGAGUGACCACGGAACAUGACCUGGACCUCACCGGACGUACAACGCGACAACCUCUCAUGUGUUAAGGUGUUUACAAGACUUUAAGACUUAAGUUUAAUUUUAUACUCUGAAGAUCGACAUCCUACAAUAACGUUCAAUCACCAGAUAAGAGUUCAAAUGUUUUUAUUUUUUAUUAAAACCUCAAUUUUACACCAAUAUGAAGUUAUUCUACUUGAAUGAAGCAACUCAGGAUCGCUGCUAUGUUUUAGUAUUCUCAUUCCACAUUGAAUGUUGUUUUUUUUUUCAGAUCACCAAAAUAUUUUUCCAGCAUAGUUUCAAAUAAAUAUGAGGUGGUUUUAUAGUGGUUUUGGCAAAGUUGAUCUGUGUAAAAAGGAAAAUACAAGACUACUGUUUCAAGUAUGCUUGGAACAAGGAAAGCAUAUUAAACCGCGUACACUGAAUGCACUGUCAUGGCUUCUAUUGAACUUUAAUAUGGCCUUCAAUCGUUCUGGUGUUUGAUGGACUCGCCAAGUGGCUUCUUAGACCCUUCUUAAUAAAACAUCUUCAUAGAGGGCACCUUAACUUUGUUAUUGUCACAUUUCAAUUCAGUGGUGUCGCCAGUCAUUCCUCAGGUUCAUAGUACCGCUUUUUCAUGGCUCUGUACUUCUUCAGGUAGUAAAGUGCUUCCAACUCCUUGAUGACAAACUACCCUCGGGCUAUCAUUUGUUUAAUCAUCUCUGGGUCUUUCACAUCUUUGUUAUUCAAAAAUGCAGACUUCAGUCUAUCCCUAAAGGAGCCAGCACCUUUGGGAUACUCCCAUCCAAGGUAUAGGAGCUGUUGGAGGAGUAGAACAGUGACAAUUACCCAUUGAAGGGGGUAGAAAUGUAUAUUUAAAAACAAAAUGCGUUAGGGCAGGUAGCCGAGAGGUGAGCCAGCGACCGGAAGGUUGCCAGUUCAAAUCCGAGGUCCAAAUGAAGAUCUGUCAGGAAGUGAGCUAGCAACCGAAAAUGCCUGACAAUGUACCCUUGAGCAAGGCACUUGCCCCCACCUCCCACAACACAGCUGGCGCCCAGUCUGUAUGUGUGCUUGUCGUUCGGAGGGGUUCAGUUAAAAGGUGUCUUUCGGAGGGGUUCAGUUAAAAGGUGAUGUUAAAUGUAUGAUAGUACCUUGUGUGCAAUUUACCAAUAAAGUUAUCUUAAUCUUAAA